AUGGAAGCUUCCAAGGCUCCCCGCACAUUUUUCGGCAUCUGGAGUGUCCCUCUCAUUAUGGGACUGCUUGAUAGUCUUCGUUCUAGGUCCUCAUCCAGGGCGGCCAAAGAACCCUUGCGACUGAGACAGUCCUUGACGACCACACAGCCUAUCAAACAUUCACAUAUAAGGAAAGCUAACACUUAUGGAAAUGCAUCGACGGAGGCUGCACAUAGCAGUCAAGACGUGACGAAAUCGAAUCGAAUUGGAAACGGCAGUCCCAAAUCAGAAUCCAACCGCCAGCAACGCUGCUAUAGCCUUCAUGCCGGCUCACCAGUUUCCAAGCGCACUGCUAACCAAUCACAGCUUUCAUCGACCCAGCCGAAGCGUUCAACCCGAGGCUCUAGGAGAUUGAAUGGCUUCAUGACACUCCUUCACCCUCGCAGGGCUCAUACUCGUAAAGGGUUAUCCGGACACGUUGACGACGCUACAUCGGGAUCGAGUCAUGCACAUGACGAUUGUUUUCAAAGCCUUGGCACCCAGGAGGAUCAAUGUCCACAAACUCGGAAGGAGAUUCAAAGUAGCAUUUAUUUGGAUGUUAAUCUGGAGUCUCGAAAUGUGAGCGACAACACCACUCAAUCUCUCAACUCCGAGCAAACAAGCGGAACUGUCUGCCGCCAUCCAUCAAGGUCCACAAGUACGCCGAUUGCUCUGGUGGACCCUGAUUAUGCUUGCCAACCCCCAUUCAGUGAAGACGAGCAAACCAUCCAUGAAAUACCAAGUUCCAAUCCCUUUUCAGACCCUUCCAAUGAUACCGCUGUAUGUUCCAUAAGACAGCAGAGCUCCGAUUCGACCGACACAGGUGCUCAAUUCACUCAUACUUUAGAGAGUAUUGAGACGGGAGGUGCCCCACUCACGGAGCAUGGUUCCAGUACAUUGCUGGGGGGCCCAUCUCUUCGAACAUCCUCGAUUGGUAGCAACCGUUUGGUGCUCCUUGAUCAGUACGCAGCCGCUACUGCGUUUAAUGAGUUUGGCACCAAACUAGGCCUGAGCCCCCUUAUGCUCGACAAGAGCGGUCACAACAUCGAUGACGUUGGUAACAAUGCUCAAAAAAGCUACGGGACUUUCGUUGGUACUACUAGUGAACAGAAGGUUUCGAAGCGUCGGAAUGGGAUCUUUGGGCGAAUGCGAUCGAGCCGCCACCUGAAAGAGACUACAGUUACAGCACAACCACGACCACUGCGACGAAUGAAGACAUUUGCACAUUUUUCUUCUCGGACCUAUACGAUGACUACACUCCGGGGCAAAUCAUUGGACUGGCUGGCCCAGCUUGGAGGUCACAGCUUUUUGAGCCUCCCUGCAGAGCAUUUCCCUUCGAUACUGAAGCUUCCAGUAUGUUUCGUUGCCACUGCCACGUACUUGAAAGUCUUUGGGCCGAACGUACGGAACCUCUUUCUUGAUCCCGGUGACAUGAAAAUUGCCGCCCGGACAUAUCGGUAUUUUGCCGACCAAGUUCUGUCGGCCGAGAAGGAGCAGGAUCGGAUUGAAAUGACGCUGAGAAGCAGCGAGAUGCCCGUCGACCUGGUCAACAUAAUCAGUCAGGAGGCCCCCAGUCCUAGCUCGGCGCAGGUACUCGGCGUCGCAUGGGUCUUCAAGGCGCUUCUAGCGGGGCUUCCGGGGGGAAUUUUGGGGUCGAGCCAGCUCCAUCGAGCGUUAGUGGAUAUCUACUACAAACACACAAGUGGGAGCAUUGGCCGGAGACGUAGCAGCGACGGGGUCUCGGCCCAGAGUUCGGCCCAAGCCACAGCCAUCGGCCUUGCGGUCCUGGCACUUACGCGACCGAUGCAGUACAAUCUUAUCUGCGCCGUCUUUGGGCUCAGUGUGCACUUGUUGGGGGAAACCAGGCGCGCCGUCGACUUGGAAGAUGGGGGAGUGGCAGGGGUGUUGACUGCGGAAAGCCUCGGUCGAGUUCUGGGGCCACUCCUCAGCGAUGAGGAGCGGGAGAGGGAACCAGAUACCUUCCGCGCCAUUGAGCAGGAAAUCGAGAGCCAGAGGGUGGCAGUUAUGUUGAUUGAAGUUGAGACUUCAAGCCUUCCAAGAUACUCCAGCGAACAGACUCCAUCGUCGAGAGCAACCAAAGACCGGGGAGCCUACAGCACCCCAUCAAAAAAUAAGGUGAUGAAGAAGCAGCCAGCUACCUACGCGAGAAGCCAAGCAUUGCGCGAGCGCAACCGUAUUGCGGCCAGUAGAUGCCGCGAGAGGAAGAAGGCCCAGGAGGCGGACCUCAUCCAACGGUCGCAGGAGUUGGUGAACAGACGAGAGGGAUUUCAGGACAAGCUCAACGGAAUGAAAGACGAGCUGAUCAAACAAAAGAAUAUGGUUUUUGCACAUAUCAAUUGCGGAGAGUCGGGGGUUCAAUCAUAUGUGAAUACUAUGGCGAGCAUGCUCGAUAUUGGUGCGAUUUUGAGUAGCACCUAA